AUCUCUUUUGUCUUUUGAUCGUGUUUCAUGCCUGCUUGAAGUCAUGCAUCAGUCCAUGGCCAAAGUCCGCGGCAACGAAAAAACCCUAGAUUCUUACACCGUCAAAGCCAUUAACGAAUCCAUAAGACCCGGCGAUUGCGUGUUCAUGCGAUCUCCCAAUCCUUCGAAGCCACCGUACAUAGCAAAAGUGGAUAAGAUCGUAUCCGACGACAACGGAAGCAACGUGAAAGUUCACAUCCGGUGGUACUACCGGCCGGAGGAAUCAAAAGACGGCAAACAACCAUUUCACGGAAGCACAGAAGUAUUCAUUUCCGAUCACCGUGAUGUUCAAAGCCCUGAUACAAUCGAAGGCAAGUGUAAGGUUCACACUUUCAAGAGCUAUACAUCACUCGAUGACAUUGGCAACGACGAUUUCUUCUGUCGUUUUGAGUAUCAUUCUUCCACCGGAGACUUCACUCCCAAUAGCGUAGCAGUGUACUGCACGUGUGAAAUGCCUUACAAUCCUGAUCAGUUCAUGAUCCAGUGUGAUGGCUGCACUGAUUGGUUUCAUCCUGAUUGUUUAAAGAUGACAGUGGAUGAGGCUAAAACAAUUGAACACUUAUUUUGUCGAAGCUGUUCAUCUGAAGAACAAAGGAUUCUCCAAAACCCUCGUGCUAAUUCCAGGAAUUCAACCAUGAAGGUGGAGACAAAACGUCGUCGAAGGUAAUAUGCACAGGUUUAAUGUAUUAAAAGUUAAAACUCUUGUUGAAGAUAGCAGCAAUAGUAGGUUGAUGUGACUUAUGAGAUGGAAACUAGGGUUUGAAUAUCAUAAUCUUUGUGAAUAUGAUUUGAUUUUGUUUGAAGUUUAUGAGUUUGGUACUUUGGUGGCCUAUGAUGAUUAUGUUUUUUAAGUAAAUUAAGUUUCUUGUUUAAUGUA